AUGGACCCCUGGGCCCCUGCCAGGCUGCCCCAGCCCCGGGAGAGGCAGGCAGCCUGGGGGGCAUGGGGAGAGGCGCACCGCGGCCCCCCACCGCAGCCCAGGCGACAGCUCCUCCGCACUGGGUCCCCACCUCGGCAUGGCUCCUGGGAUGGGGGCCACCUCCCUGGCCACCCCUGGGAUGAGGGCCACCACGGCUGGAGGGACACUCGCAGACCAGUUUCGCAGGCUGAAUACUAUGAAAGCAGCCACCCCAACAGGCCGUACUCCAGGCAAGGAUAUGAAGACCCUCACUGGCAGUAUCCAGCAGCCAGCUACAGGGAUGACUACACCUACCAAAGCCACCAGCGGCAGCCGAUGGCCUGGCAAGAUGACAGAGACCUGAGACAGGGAGACCCUUAUGGCAAGAGUACCAAUUACCGGGACCAGCACUACUACAGGGGCUACCACCCCAACCUGGUGACCCCCCCAGGGCAGGACAGGAUGCAGACCUACGACUCCUACAAGGAGAGAUAUGUCUCAGCUGGCCAGCCUGAGUGGGCAGGGGGAGAAACCCUUAGCAGCGAUUCGGGGGAGGCCAGUGGCCAGCCCCAGGAGCCCAGCCUGCUCCUGCAGUACCGCGAGUCAGGGCUCAGCUCCAGCAGCUUCGAGCUCAGCCAGUACAUCCGUGAUGAUGCUGACCACUAUGACCCUGCGCUUUCAGGGACCUGGAGCCCGGCACAAGCAGGGGGACCCUUGGUGUCCACUCCAGCCCUGGUGGUACCCCUCAAGUUCUCACUGCCGCACAUGGCAGUGUGCUUUGGAGCUGGAGGCCAGCUGGUACUGGUGUGUCCCCACCACCCUGCUGAGGGGCAGCUAGCCCAUGUUGAGCUACAUAGCCUGGAGGUGAUCCUUCAUGACACAAAAGAGCUGGAGGAGCUACAGGCCUUCCCAGGGCCCUUGGCCAGGGAAGAUCUGCACAAGGUAGACGUGAUGACAUUUUGCCAGCAGAAGAUAGCCGCGAGCUGUGAUCUCUCAACACAGAGAGGCAGAGAUUCAGCUCUUCUCUGGAAACUCCUGCUCCUCCUCUGCCGGCAGAAUGGGUCCAUGGUGGGCUCAGACACAGCUGAGCUGCUGAUGCAAGACUGCAGGCGCCAGGAGAAGUACAAGAGGCAAAACCCCGCGGCAAACCUGAUCGGCCUGACAGAUGACGAGUGGAUGUCGAGUCAGCCAGGGGCACUGGACCUCAUCACAGGGGAGGUCCCUCCCAUUGUGGAGACACAGGCACAGAUAGUGGAGAAGUUCACCAAACUGCUCUACUACGGCAGGAAGAAAGACGCUCUGGUCUGGGCCAUGAGAAACCAGCUGUGGGGCCAUGCCCUCUUCCUCUCCAGCAAGAUGGACCCUCGGACCUACAGCUGGGUGCUCACCGGUUUCACCAGCACGCUGGCCACCAAUGACCCCCUGCAGACCCUCUUCCAGCUCAUGUCGGGAAGGAUCCCUCAGGCAGCACUGUGCUGUGGUGAUGCCAUGUGGGGAGACUGGAGGCCCCACCUUGCUGUCAUGUUGUCCAACAAGGCUGGAGACAUGGAGCUGAACCAUCGAGCCAUUACCACCAUGGGAGAUACUUUGGCUGGCAGGGGAGCAGUUGAAGCCGCUCAUUUCUGCUACCUGAUGGCAGAUAUUCCUUUUGGUUACUUCGGGGUGAAGGCAGACCGCAUGGCCCUGCUGGGCAGCAGCCACUGUCAGCCAUUCGCCCAGUUUGCCAGGACAGAGGCCAUCCAGCGGAUGGAAAUCUUUGAGUACUGCCAGCAGCUACAGCAGCCCAAAUCCUUCCUGCUCCCCUUCCAGGUGUACAAGCUCCUCUAUGCCUCUCGCCUGGCCGACUACGGGCUCCCAGCCCAGGCCCUGCAAUACUGUGAACAGAUUGCCGCUGUGCUCCUGGGCCAGGAUCUGCCCAGCCACCCCGUCCUUGUCCAGCAAGUGAUGAAGCUAGCUGAACGGCUGAAGUUCUCCGACCCGCUGCUCCUGGAGAUGCCAGAGCAGGACCAGACACUGGAGCCCAGCUGGCUGGUACAGCUCCGAGCCUGCUGCCGGGAGUGGGAGGUGGAAGACGACAUCCCCCCGGAGGUGGUACCUGCUCAACCAGGCCCCUCCUGGGCUGCUGCAUCGAUGGCAGAUGGAGAGCCUGGCCAUGAGCUUCCACAGUGUGAAGGCUACCAGUAUGAUGAGCAGCACCAGCCCGUGCCACCCCAGGGACCCAGCUCCCAUGAGGACAUGUCUCUCCAGCCCCUGGCACCUACUCAGGUUGCAGCAUCGUCGCUGCUCAGCAUUGGGCAAGAGCUGCAGUCCACCACACUCGGCCCAGGGAUGGCUGCCCCUCUGGGAGGGGUUUUUGCUGAACCCCCUCUGCAGGUGGUGCCACCAGCAGGAGAAGCUGGGGAGCCAUGGGGUGCCCCAGCGUCCCCCAGGGGAGUGCAGCCAUCCCUCUCAGCAGAGAAGGAGGAGUUAAAGGCAAGGGGUCGGACCAUCUCAGAGAGCUCCACCAUCUCCUUGGAAGGUGACAGCCAGCCUUCCUCAGAUAGUGCAGACGAAGAUGCUGCUGAAGAGGCAGUGAAGCCCGGUGAGGAUAAGAACUCUGGAUUCAGGUGGUUUGGCUGGUUUCGGUCGAAGCCCACCAAGGAAACAUCUCCCAAAGCCGUGUCCGAGAUGGCCCCAGAAUCCUCCAGUCUGGGACCACAGACUAGCUCCCAUGAAUCUCCCCCACCGGCGGGGACAGUCCCCCUCUUCAACCCUGUUCAGGUCUCUCAGCUCGCCGCUGCCUCUCGACCCAACCAACCCAGGCUGCUUUCCCAGCGCCGCUACCCCAACCAGCUGUGA